CAGUAGAUUGAGUGUGGAUGCUGGAUUCAACCUCUUCUUCAGCAGCAUAUAAUGUAGCCUAUUGUCGGAGCACCCCAAAGGAGAGAUCGAUCUCCUGCAACCUGUGCGCGCAUGGCACGCAUAGGACCGAUACUGAGUGGAAGGCGGUGUUGUGGCUGUAUAUGGUGACGUCUUAAAGGCAGGUCUUGGUCAAACCUACCAAUGGUACAAGUCGGUCCUACUCUGCUAGGACUGAGCGCAAUGAAUGGGUGUCGGAGCUCUACACGGCUAAGGAGCACCCGCAGCGCAACCAGGCGGAUAAGGGGAUGCGGCAUCGGUACGCGGGAGCUGUCCAUCAGCACCACAUACCCGGCGAAAAGCAAGGAAGCAGCGAGCGGAGCCGAGAGCAAGUCGCUCCCGUUUUCAGCCUGCCGCCCCCGCCCUCUUCUCACCAGCGAGUCCGCACUUCAGCCACCGCCGCUCAGCGCCAGAGCCUCCAGGAGCUCCCGUGCGUGAGCCAGCCCUCCCGGAGAACGGUGCGCAGCGGCGACCCUCUGCCGCUGGCAAGCUACAGCACCGGCCGGCGACCUUCACGCCAAGGCGGCGAAACCGGUCAGCAGGAUCCCUGGGCCCCGGACGGCUCCCAGCAGCCGCCGCCGCUGCAGUCAGAGAGGGAGGCUGUUUUUCCAAGCUGCCACUGCAGCUUUUCGGAGCAAGAAGCGAGCCUUUCUGAUAACCGACCCCAUCCUUGUCACCCUCUCCUCCCGAAACCCUCCCCACCGUUCCCACCACGCAUACCGCCGCCGCCAACGUCUUCCUCCUCCUCUCUGCUCUUUUCCCGGGGAUGUGAACGAGAGAACCGUCUCCGAAGGAGUGCCAAUAAUCACCAACAGGCGAACGCUGUGGAACGCUGCAGGGGAGGAGGAGGAGCAGGAGGGCACCAAGACCACAGACAGUUGUUGCAGCAACAGCAACAUCACUGUCAUUUAGGACUCCAACAGAGGGACCCCUCCCCUGAAGGAAGCUCACAAAAAGGGCGCUCUUUGGAUGCAUGCAAGUCAAACGAGGCUGAGAAAGCGUUUCAGUGUCAGACUCCGGAUCUGCAGCAGCAACAGAUCCCACAGUUGCGUGCGCAGCAACAGCUACUGGUGGGAAGCAGUCUGCCCGUCAACCACUGCGCAAGCGGCUCCGGAGAGCUAUGUAGGACUCACCGGGAUCCACUGCUGCAACAGCAGCUGCUGCAGCAGCAGCAGCACUGUGACAAAGAUCGCAAUAAGUGUGGAAGGAUCACCGCGGAGGGCGGUCAGGCGCAGCAACACAGCCGCGGCUCCCGCGUAACCCCCCCUGCAGCACCGCCGCCGCCGCCGCGGCACACUUACGCGGGCAACUCGUCUGCUACUGGCAGCCACAGCAGCAGAGACAGCCCCAACUACGGCUCCAGCUAUCACCUGUGGCCGGAGAGCCCGCAUAAAGGAGAGGAGAGGAUACGCAUCGACCUCCAUCAGGCCUCAACUGAGCAGAAGAAGCUGAGCCAUGCUGGAUCCAAGCCCUCCCUCUCUGAGAGCAGUGGCAGACUCCCUCAGAUAGCCAUGAACACCUGCAAAUACAAUGGCGGAGUGGUAAGACCACUAGUGGGCAGCCUGGCGUCCUCGUCGCGCCGAAACCUUGCAGAGCUCGACUCAGAAACGCAACCCUUGCAGACCCUGCACAGCUCCGGGUUGGAGGUGGUAGUGUCCAAGGGAAACGGCGGUGAAAACCCCAGUAAGGCAUCCAACGAGAGCCUCGUCAGGGAGGGCAGCGGGCGAAGCAGAGGCCGGGCUCCACAAAAGAAGAACAGGGACAUUGGCUACAAACUCGGUCACCGGAGGGCGCUGUUCGAGAAGCGAAAGCGACUCAGUGACUACGCACUCAUCUUCGGGAUGUUCGGAAUUGUUGUCAUGGUGACGGAGACAGAACUUUCAUGGGGGGUUUACACUAAGGAAUCUUCAUACUCAUUUGCACUGAAAUGCCUUAUCAGCCUUUCCACUGUUAUUUUGCUUGGUCUUAUAAUAAUGUACCACGCCCGGGAAAUCCAGCUUUUCAUGGUCGACAAUGGCGCGGACGAUUGGAGGAUAGCCAUGACGUAUGAACGAAUCUUCUUCAUCGUGCUGGAGCUUCUGGUGUGUGCCAUUCACCCUAUCCCAGGCCAGUACGUCUUCACUUGGACGGCGCGGCUGGCCUUCACCUACACGCCGUCCGUGGCAGACGCCGACGUGGACAUCAUCCUCUCCAUUCCCAUGUUCCUGAGACUCUACCUGAUUGGCAGAGUCAUGUUACUCCACAGCAAGCUGUUCACGGAUGCUUCAUCCCGCAGUAUCGGCGCCCUCAACAAAAUCAACUUCAACACCCGCUUUGUCAUGAAAACCCUCAUGACCAUCUGUCCGGGAACGGUGUUGCUGGUGUUCAGUAUAUCCUCCUGGAUCAUUGCUGCAUGGACUGUGCGUGUCUGUGAGAGGGAUACCAUGUAUCAUGACAAACAGGAAGUGACCAGUAACUUCCUGGGAGCCAUGUGGCUUAUCUCUAUCACCUUCCUCACCAUUGGCUACGGUGACAUGGUGCCGCACACGUACUGUGGGAAAGGCGUGUGUCUGCUUACGGGAAUCAUGGGAGCUGGUUGCACUGCGCUGGUGGUUGCAGUGGUUGCCAGGAAGCUGGAGCUGACCAAGGCUGAGAAGCAUGUCCACAACUUUAUGAUGGACACACAACUCUGCAAACGAGUAAAGAACACAGCUGCCAAUGUACUCAGGGAAACAUGGCUCAUUUACAAACACACCAAGCUGGUCAAGAAGAUAGAUCAUGCCAAGGUGCGGAAACACCAACGCAAGUUUCUCCAAGCCAUCCACCAAGCUCAGAAACUGCGCAGUGUGAAGAUGGAGCAGAGAAAACUCAACGAUCAGGCCAACACAUUGGUGGACCUUGCAAAGACCCAGAAUGUGAUGUACGACCUGGUGUCAGAGCUGCAGGAGCGAAGCGAGGAGCUGGACAAGCGCAUCGGCACGUUGGAGGACAAGCUGGACUCUGUGGCGGGCAGUUUGCAGGCACUGCCCUGCCUCAUCUCCCAAGCCAUAACCCAGCAGCAACAGGACUUCCUGGACGGCUUUGUUCACCGCUUUCGGCCUGCCUCUCUAGCGUCGGAACGCUCCGAGCGCUCAGAGAGAUCUUGGACUUCCACCACCCGAAGGCGGCGCUCUCCCUCCACAGCACCACACACGUCUUCUGACAGCGGAUAACCUCGACAGAUCCCUCCGUUAGCCUCCCACGAGCUCCAACACCUUUUCCUGAAACCUAAACACAAACCCACAUCUUGCUCAUCUCUUCUCUCUCUUUCUCUGCCUUUUUUUUUUCUUUCCCACACAUCAACCGAAAAAGAAAAAAAAAAACUAAUCUGAAACCUCAAAAUAAUCCAGGUUCUCUGUGACUGAGCCUCUCAGCACAGGUCUGGAUUAAAGCGUCUCCAAGAGAACAAGCAAAAGCAAACAUAAAGACGGGAAAACACAAAUGCAUCCAAAACUGUCAAAGAGAAAAUAAAUAAAAAUCAAUUUGAAAAAAAAUGGCCGAGAUAAAGUAGAGAUAUGGUUUAUGUUUUAGCCAUUGUAUGGCUGUUCCUGUUAGCUUUUUUUGUAAAAGCCCUUGUAUAGUUAAAAAAAGAAAAAAAAAACGACUGAGGGUCGCUUCAGGGUCGCUGGGGUGAGAGCUGGCUAUCACACCGGAGAGUCCUUAACCGCACGGGAGGAUGUUGGUCUGGGGGAAACGGAGGUCGUCGGGUCACCUGCUGGCCCUCUGAGGCCGUGGAGGACAUCUGUCCGUCCAUCUGUCCGUUUCUCUGUUUGUCCAAGGAGAGAUAAAACAUUUGAUUUCCCUCACAAAAGACAAGUGUCAUGGAUUCUUUGUCAUAGUUUAGGGUGAAAGCUUUAGGAGAAAAAAACCACGGAAGCUCUGACGUUCAGGUCAGGGUGUGAAAAAAAAUGCACUUCAAAGGGAGGAGAAACUGUCACAUGAAAGAGUCGCUAAGAGGAUGCUUAUGGCAUUUACUACAAGGUAGGAGAAAUGUACUCGUUUGCCAACUUCAAGGUAUCACCUUCCUUGUUCUUACCGAGGAAAAAAAGAGAGCAACUAUCUUUUUUAGUUACAUAUUGACAUGUGAUUUUUCAGUGCCUGAAUGUAUAAUAGUAGAGGGUUAUUUAAUUACUAAUUUCAAAGCUUUUUUACAAUGUCAACAGUCUGAAUACAACAUUGCAUUCCUUUUUCAGAUACAUUCCUCUCCAAAAAUGUAAAGAAACUUGUCUUAAUGUAAUGCAUAUCAUUGCCUCCAUUACACUGCAACUCCAAACGUUAAAUAUAUAUAUAUAUUUUUUUUUCUAUUUCUACUAACAAUAACAGAUCAAAAGUUCAGAGGUUUAAUUUGGAGAGGAUUUGUUCGUCGGGACGGAGAGUGCUGCACACCACGAUGAAAAAUGAAGUAGUCUUACCUUACUCACCGAUUAAUUAGAGCUUCCUGUGGUCUUUUUUAAAGUGGCAUGGCUUGAAUCGCAUCCUACAAGCCACCCAGCCACGCGUCACCGGUCGGGUUUUUAAUAAAAACCAACCAGACGGGGUUUUUUUUUUUUUUUUUUUUUUUUGCAUGGUUCUGUUGAAAAAUGACAAGAAAUCACAAUCUUCCUGCCUUGAAUAUUCACAAUUUUUGCUUUUGAUUAUGUUACUUCUGUUUGUUUUUUUCGCUUUCUAUCCUUUUUUAAAUGCAUUUUUACAUUUUUAACUAGAAUAUCUAGCGUUUUAGAUUUGCAGAUCUUAGAGAGUUGCAGUAAUGUUAAUUCUGUAAUGCAUUCCCUGUUCAAAAUAUGAAGUAAAAAAAAAAACACUAUUACAAAAGAUUAUUAAAAGGCUACAAAUAAAAGUGUUGAAAAUACCUACGGAACAUUGAACUGAUGGCUCUUCAAAUGAGGCAGAAAGGUUGCCUUUCUUCCUGGCUUUCAUGCUGACUGUUUGACUGUUAUCACUCCUACGUCUGAACUGUAAAUAUCACAUCAGGUUAAGGUAACAUCAGCUCUUUUUUUUUCCGAUUCCAGAGACUAAGACAUUAAGAUGUGUUCAUAAAGUUUACAAUUUGGUUUUAUCAAAAAUAAACAAGUAAAAAUUA